AUGCCCUACCACGUUCUCAUGCUGGCUUACCGGAAGCCUACGCUCUCCCCCAAAGAGUUUUACCACCACUACGAAACCAUCCAUAUACCUCUCGUCAAGUCCUUGGCCGGUGUGAAUUUCCCCCUCUCUCACACAAGACGCUACAUCCAACGGUCUGGGGCCAAAGAACAGGAGGGGGAAUUUCCUGCCUUGCUGCUGAGCGGCAGCCAACAGGACUUUGAUUACGAUGUCAUGAUCGAGCUCUCAUUUGAGGACGAAGAAGCAUUCUACAGGUUCGGACGGACCAUGGGGGAGCCGGAUGUGCAGGCCGCCGUGGCGGACGAUUGCGCCAAGUUUAUGGACCAGAAUAGGUCGAAGGCUGUUGUACUCGGUAGCAUUCAAAGCACGGCGCAGAGUGUUGGCUAG